AUGGCCGCGGUGCUGCUGCUGCUGGUGUCAGCAGCGGCCGCCGCCAGCCUCGGCGACCUCACCAGACGGGAAACCGGAGACGUCUUUACGCUUAUUGGUGACGAAUGUGGUCCAGCGCAAUGCGCAGAGCACGGAGCCGGUUUGACACAAGACAUUACGUCUAUUGCGGGCGGAUGCGCUUGCGCAUGUCCACAGCGCGCGCCGCUUUUCAGGGAGGAUCGCGAGCUUUGCGUCGAUGAUCUGCCCGAAUGCGCCCUAGCAACUUUUGGAACUGGUAACGCCAUACAGCGCAUCCCUUUUGUAUUUUUGCCAAUGAAAGGGCAAAUUAUACAUCCAUCUAGAGAAAUAACCUUCCAAGAUGUAAAAACACCGAUCUGCGCAGUGUCAGGCGCGCAGUUUCUAACGACGAAAGGCUUUUUAGACCUCCGGAACACGAUCGAUGCUGACGUGCCAUUUAGCUUGUUCAGAGAUGAGGGUAGAACAUUUUUGCAGUGGAGCGGUGAUGAUGAUGUGCGCAGACGAAUGUCCGGUCGGGUGAUGGUUGUAAGAUUGCUGUGUCGAGACGUGUCCACUACACCUGCAUCACCACUUGACUUGCGAGGAGUAUUUACCCCUUGCGUCGCAUUUAGGGUGCAAGGAACACCGCCGAGACAUGCAACUAAUAUAACAGAAGUUCAGUUUACACCAACAGCACAUACUGCAGAAAGUACCACAUCGAACGGUCUCAGUGCCGGUGAAUAUGUAGCGAUUGGUAUCAGCUCGCUUCUCCUUGGACUUAUUUACGUUGCUUCUGUCUUCCUUUAUUUACAUAUACGAAAACGGCGAAGGAUUGCGACAGAAGAAAGCACCCUUCAAAGAGUGAAAGAGUUGAAGAAAAGAGACGGAAAAUUAACAGAGAGAGACAUAUUAAGAAUUAAUAAUGAACGCAUUCAGACAUUGUCGAGUGCCAUGGGACAAGAUGAUGGAAUCAUUAAAAAGAAUCCACUUCUAUCCGUUGGUAGAUCGUUAACAGAUAAAGCCAAUUUCCCAAGUGAUUCUGGAAGCAACCUUUCAGAUUCCGAGGAUAUGCCGGAGAGCAGUAUACAUAGCGAAGAUAACUUUUUUAACAAGCGGACUACAUCAGCGAUCAUACAUCUUCGUAACGAAGAUUUGAAAAAUCCAUUUGACAGUGUAGAGAUCAAUCACAGGGAUGAAUCUGGUAUAGAACGCCUCCCAGACGAACAUGUAUCUAUCGUCGAAACUAUAGAGGACAGGGAGAUAGCCCGACCCGUGGGCACAACGCGAAGAAAACUCUACUUCAAUCCAGCUUACUUUGAACCUCAUUACAUGGCUGACCCACCGGCAGCUGCAAUAGAAUUCCUAUGUAAAAUACGUGAAGUAAUAUCCAUAGCUAAACAAAAAAUGACAUCUAAGCGUUUCCAUCCUAUUCUCAAUGAAAUCCCAGAAGAAGAAACUUACCCAUCAAAUGCGAACAGCAUUGAUCUUUAUCAUGGACUAGGCAGUCAACGAAGUGGAAGUGUUCUUAGUCUCAAGAGAGAUAAUAGCAGACGACGCUCUUCUAGCUGUUUAGGGUGUCCCGGUUGUCAGUCAAAUAAGUCAAAUAUUCAAAACAUUGUAAAAUACAAUGUACCAAACUGUUCUAACUGCUUAAACAUAAAAGGCGAUAAACAAAGCAGUAUUCGGGAAUGGUUGGAAAACAUUCCAAGCGAAAAUGAUCUCCAUUCUUUAGUGGAAGACUCCGAAAGCGAUGGCCAACAUCAUAUGCCCAAGUCUUUAUUAUCUCUUCCCACUAUAGCCAAUCGUAAUAAUAUAUUAAAGAAACAGUAUAGUUUUUCUGAAGGCUAUUCAAUGUACUCUACGGAUACGCCUUUAUCGAAAUCAACGACACGUUCAGUACGGUCUGAACCGUCGCAACGAAGUUAUAACAUACCGCUGCCAGAACUGCAUAGUGCAACAUUUGAUACAACUUUCAAUUAUGAUCCAUCCAAUACCGAUUUGAGUCCAACUAUUAACCUUAACGAAAUAAGACCGUGUAGUUCAAGGAGCAUAGAUUCUGAGAAACGGGUUCGGAUGUUAAUGAACAAUAAAAAUGCUCUUCCAGAUAUGGUCAAUGAUACAAUUGUACUGGAUCAACUUACAAAGUCGUACAACCAAUGCAGUUCUGAUGAAGAAAAAUUUGGUCAACACAAAGAGCAUUCAUAUAAUAAUAGCUCGGAUAGCCCCAUCGCAAACGAUUAUGAAACUGAUAGUUUAGAACGUAAUUCUAACAAGAAAGAUAUUACAACACCUUCUACGCCGAUCGAAUUCGCAGAAAUUCCGUCUUCACAAGCUAGUCCCAGUUUAAGUACCGCAUUACCUUUAGAAGAAGAACUUACAAUGAGAAAUGCGGUCUAUAAAAGAAAUUCCAGCAGUGACAGCAGCACGCCGUCGCCUGAAGUAGAUUUAUGUGUUAAUCAGAACCACUAUGAAAUUAUAAACCCACAAAAAAAUGUUCCUGAAGUUGAAAAUAAAGAAGUAAUUGCUACUAACAUGAAUUACAGCUUAGUCAGUGAAGUUUAUGUCAACAAUAGUUAUAAUUUUGGCAGCGCGCCUACUUCACCUAGUGGUUCCGAAUCUUCCAUGGGAAGUCGAAAGCUUGUGUCCAUACCAGAUGCAGAAGAGAAGCCUGGAUGUUUAACUAUAGAAGUUAAAGACCCACCUGAAAAUUAUAUUAAAAUUCAUGAAUCCGACGGAUUUGAACCAGAUACUUUAGAUCGUAAACACCAAAAACACAAGGAAAUUCUAGAUAACAUUCAAUUCAGCCGAAAAGACCUCCUUAGAAGUCUAGAUAAUCACAGAGCUGAAAACUGUCAGAGAAUACAGCUCCGAAGUAGUGGUACAUUUGUGAAUAACGGAAAAACCGAGCACACUUCAAAAUUUAGCAGUCUACGCAUCGGUUACGACUUUAAAAACACACAGAUGCGUCCAAAAAUGUCACCGAAUAUAUUCAAUAACACUAACGAAGACUGUUCCGAUAAAAGUUUGGAAGACUCAGGAGGUUGGACAUCAGAGGAAGGGCGAAUACUUACUUUAGAACUGCGCCAUUCUAAACGGCAACGUCAGUGCACCCCGCCCACAAUCAAACAAAAGAAACAUUUGGCGCGUCCGGACGUCCUGCCUCCUCUACCACCCAGCGAAGACACGAUAUACGAAAAUCCAACUAGUCCGCCUAAAAGAGUAGAGAGAGGAAUCACAAUUGAUUCCAUAUCCAAGAACACCAGUGAUAGAAGUCUCAGUCCGAGAGAGUCGAUCAGCACUAUUGUAGAAGGUGACUUCAUCCAGGGUGCAUCUUGCAGUGUACUGAGCGCUUCAAUCUCUCCCCAGGGCUCAUCUGACUAUGAGGGUCUCAAUCAUAGCGCGCAUUCAAAACAAUUCGAGACAUACGACAGAAAUUCUGCCAGACGCCACUCCAAAAGCGGCAUCAACACGAACACUUUUGUAAAAGAUUCAAAGCUUGACAAAGCUAAGCGCCGAAAGAAAGGUAUGAGCAUUGAGGACUCGGGAUACCUAAGCAGUGACUCCACGAGCUCUAGACAUUUCCAAAGAAAGUUAGUUAUAGCGAAAUUGGCGAGUUGCAGUGACAGUGAUGAUACUGGUAACGAAGCGAGGAGUGAAUCGGGGGCUGAGAGUGUAGAGACGCAUUCAGUUUACUUUGGUAGUUUCAGAAACUUACAGGCAAGAACUGAAAACUGUACUAUUAAGAGUGUUAGGAGUAAUAAGCUUAAAGUUAAAAAUUGA